AUGGCAAACAGGGGCAAUCCCCAGUCAUCCCAGACGGGUGGUGCACUAGUACCCGUCGCGCUCUGUAACCCUCAAGCCUUAGCUCAAUUCUUUUCGGCGAUUCAAACAUUUUACGCGCAAUGCAGGCCUCCUGUGGCCCCUGCUUCCGCCAUAGUGGAGGUUUCACAAGAUUGCAUCCCCGACACCCCCCUCAGCCAACAGGGCCAGGCUGGCCCCUCUUCAGCCGUGGCUAGCACGUCACAUCAAGGCAUGGGGCUUCCCAGUCGCCCCCAAACACGUUUACAAACCGCACGGGCACAGAAGGCCAAGUCUAGUGCGCAGAAGGCCAAGGCCAGUGCACAGAAAUCCAAGGCUGGCUCACGGAAGUCUAAACAACCUAGUGCCGCCCCAUCUAAUACAACCCGGGAGGUAAUUGGCGUCCCUAGUGUUUUCCAGGAUCCUCCAGCUCACCACAGUCCGUCGGAGGGGUCAUCUUCAGAUGAGGAGUUACCCCCGCAGCAGGCAGUGUCAACUCCCAAUGACCCAGCCCCGCAAGACAGCAGCACCUGCGGAGGGAAGCGGAAAGCCAAGAAGAAGCACAUGUCUAAGAAGAGCAGGAGGGACAACUCUGAUUCCGAGGAUGAGACAGGUACCUCUUCUUCUGAGGAUGAUAGUGAUGCUCCCAUGGAAAUGUACUGGGGGGAGGGCGAAGAGACUGGUGUUCCCUUGUGGAUUCAUGAGAGGAGGGCCAAUUCUCACCGGAAAACCUUUAACGGUACUCUUGAAUGGAAAGAUGGGGCAUUAGUGGAAGAUGUUAAAGUUUCAACGCACUUGUCUACUGAUUUUAUCUUGGGUAAUCACCUUUCUAAGAGAAAAAGGGAUAAGAUAUUGAAUGGGGAUUUCAUAGAUAUGUUCAUGUUGCUACCACCGGCACAAAUAAAAGGAAAAGGGGAGAAAAAGCGGCAUUAUGGUAAGAAAAGAUAUAGAUCCCCUCGGGCGGAGCGUACAUUCAAGAACUGGCUCAACGGCUACCAGGUAUUCAUGGGGAUAGUGUUAGGAUGUUAUCCAAAACGUGGGUUGCACCUUGCAUCUUAUCUGGCGCACGUGAGAAGGGCUCAGGAAUUAGCGGGAGAUGAGGCUGCCAUCUCGUACAACGAGGAUUUUCGUAGGAAUGCCUUGCUGUUGUCCUCCACGUGCUGGGAUCAGAGGGACAAUAACUACUGGAUGGAGCACGUGGGGCCUUACAUCGAAAAGAAAACACACGACCAAGCAAAAUCUGGUAAGGUGGACACAAAACGGCGUAAGCACUGCUAG